CCACCACGCUUUGCCAACCCAGCAGCAGCAAGCAGCGCACAAGCCCCAGCACCAGCAAGCUGCUACUCAUCAUCAGCGAGAGCUAGCUAGCUGUGUGUGCCACUUACACUGCUGCUGCUGCUGGUUCUAGCUAAGCUCACCGAUCGUCGUCUUCGUCAUCGCCGGUGACCUGGUGAAUUAGUCGAGAGAGAUGGCGGCGGCGGUGACGGUGGAGGAGGUGAGGAGGGCGCAGAGGGCGGAGGGGCCGGCGACGGUGCUGGCGAUCGGGACGGCGACGCCGGCGAACUGCGUGUACCAGGCCGACUACCCGGACUACUACUUCAGGAUCACCAAGAGCGAGCACAUGGUCGAGCUCAAGGAGAAGUUCAAGAGGAUGUGUGACAAGUCGCAGAUCAGGAAGAGGUACAUGCACCUGACGGAGGAGAUCCUGCAGGAGAACCCCAACAUGUGCGCGUACAUGGCGCCGUCGCUGGACGCGCGGCAGGACAUCGUCGUCGUCGAGGUCCCCAAGCUGGGGAAGGCGGCGGCGCAGAAGGCGAUCAAGGAGUGGGGGCAGCCGCGCUCCCGCAUCACCCACCUCGUCUUCUGCACCACCUCCGGCGUCGACAUGCCCGGCGCCGACUACCAGCUCGCCAAGAUGCUCGGCCUGAGGCCCAACGUGAACCGCCUCAUGAUGUACCAGCAGGGGUGCUUCGCCGGCGGCACGGUGCUCCGCGUCGCCAAGGACCUCGCCGAGAACAACCGCGGCGCGCGCGUCCUCGCCGUGUGCUCCGAGAUCACGGCGGUGACGUUCCGGGGGCCCUCCGAGUCCCACCUCGACUCCAUGGUCGGGCAGGCGCUGUUCGGCGACGGCGCGGCGGCGGUGAUCGUCGGCUCCGACCCCGACGAGGCCGUCGAGCGGCCGCUGUUCCAGAUGGUGUCGGCGAGCCAGACCAUCCUCCCGGACAGCGAGGGCGCCAUCGACGGCCACCUGAGGGAGGUCGGGCUGACGUUCCACCUGCUCAAGGACGUGCCGGGGCUCAUCUCGAAGAACAUCGAGCGCGCGCUGGGCGACGCGUUCACACCGCUGGGGAUCUCGGACUGGAACUCCAUCUUCUGGGUGGCGCACCCCGGAGGUCCGGCGAUCCUGGACCAGGUGGAGGCGAAGGUUGGGCUGGACAAGGAGAGGAUGAGGGCGACGCGCCACGUGCUGUCCGAGUACGGCAACAUGUCGAGCGCCUGCGUGCUCUUCAUCCUCGACGAGAUGCGCAAGCGCUCCGCCGAGGACGGCCACGCCACCACCGGCGAGGGCAUGGACUGGGGCGUCCUCUUCGGCUUCGGCCCCGGCCUCACCGUUGAGACCGUCGUCCUCCACAGCGUCCCCAUCACCGCCGGCGCCGCCGCCUGAGCGCUCCGCCCUGGUCGCCGCCGGCCGGCCUACGUACGCCACACGUCAUCUUUUAUCAUCGAUCAUAAAAAAAAAUUAUAUAUAUAUCGAUAUCGAUAUAUAUAUAUUUCCUAAUAAUAACUACUACUACAAUAACAACGUUAUCGAAUUAAAAAGUUAUUCCCUUUUGCCGUGUGUUGGUAGGGAUAAAAAGUGAAAAAAAAAAUUAUUACUUUGUUUUGCAUGUGUCAUGUAUGGGUGGUUUGGUUGGUAGUAGCAUAUAUAUGUAUACUGAAAAGAGAAAGGGAGGUCAAUUAAGUGUCAUGGAUGGUGAGGUUUAUUGUAAACCUGUGUAAGAGAUGCUUGGCUGUUACUAUUCAAUUUGAAAACUUAAUUAAUUUUGUGUACCUAAA